CAUGGAGUCAGCGUCGACGGAGGAAGUCAUCGACAUGCAUCACAGUGCGGCGGCAUUGCAAAGCACCGUCAAUGUCAUUACCAUUAUCAACAACAGCAACAACAACAACAACAGCAGCCACAAUCGCAGAAGCAGUAACAAUAACAACAAUAAUAAUAACAAUAACAGCAACUGUGUCAGCACAGAUUUAACAACAGCUCUGCAACAGUAACAACAACAACAACAACAGCAGCAACUACAGCAACAACAGCUGAGCAACUUUCUGGCCAUACCAUUGCUGGAGCAGCGUCGCCAUUCUCGCAGUCGCAGCCACAGCCGCUGCCACAUCACGCCGCUGGCGCCCAUCAUUUGCAUACAGAACGGUGCACAUCCCGAGGACUUGUCGCAGCUUUCGCGCUCCGCUUCGUGCUUUGUCCGCUUUCGCAGGAGUUUUAUCAAAUUUUUUGGCAAAAUCAUGGGCAGCAAUAAUCCCAGUGAAGCGGAUCGAUAUGACUAUUAUGACUGUAAGUAA